CUAAUUCUUAUCCAAGUAAAGUUGAUGCAUGCGCGAAUAUUCAUAAUGACCAUAUAUCUAGAAAACUAUCAUUUAAAUAUGAAGACGUAAAAGCAUGUUACGAAACAUUUCCAUUUGAUAAAGAUAAUGCAACACGGACGAUAGAAACAUUAAAGAGUAUUUUUGCAAAUUUCUAUUCAUUUUUGGACCAAGCAAGAGAUCCUCCAACAAAAGGAUUUACUUAUAGAUCUAUCAAUGUGUUGUCGGAAUUAGAUUCAUUAUUAAAAAACAACUAUACAACUGAUAUUCAAUUUAUGGCAUUUAGUUUUGAUCAACAGUUUUCCAUGUAUUCAAUUGUUAAACAUAAUGGAACGCAGCAAAUUAAGGUUUUUAAUGACUCAAUUGAUUCAAAAAAUAUCGACUGUCUAGUUACGCAUAUCGAUGAUGAAUCCGCAAUGGAUGUAAUUAUUAAAUAUGCUAACGAUUCUAUAAGAACAUCAAGGGAUUUAGGUGUUCGAUUUAAUAAUGCUCUUGCAUCUCUCACUCUUCAAGGUGGAAAAAUUAGCUUAUCACAACAGUUCACUAGCCGAAUAUUGCUUCCGAAAAAUCCUACUAUUUCUUACACUCUUGAUUGUGAUGGAAAAAUCAAUAAAAUUACCCGAGGAUGGAAAAUCACUGCUCGUAAUGAUAGUAUAUUUAAUAAUUUUACUGAUUCUACUUCUUAUUGGAACAAUAUAUGCAUAAAUCAACCUCUUCAAGCGAGCUCAGGAUUAUCAUAUGAAAGUAAAAGAGAACUAGAUGAAUAUGAACCCACAUUAGAAGAAGGAAAAUUAAUUAUUGAUGCUUAUAUCAUUAGAUUUUAUACGUUACGGGACUUUGGUGUCGCUGUAAUUUCUACUGAAUCUAUUGAUGAUAAAUAUGCUUCAAAUAAUGAUCUACUAAUAGAUUUAUUAUCUACCAUAAAUCAAGGAUUUCAAUCAUUUGCAAAUAUGGGAAUUAAAAAGGUCGUUUUGGAUUUAACAAAUAAUGGAGGUGGGGCUGCUUUUAUAGCUCAUUAUAUUACUCAACUCUUAUUUAGGGACAUUAGAAAUUUUCCAUUUGAUGUAAAAAUUACUGAGGCAGCAAAACUUGUAAUAGAACAAUCUACUGCUAAAAAUAUUAGUAGCGAAUUCGACAUUAACGGUAGUUAUAUUUCCGAAAAAACGAAUACUUCGUUUACUAAUGUUUCAGACUUUAUUGGAAACAAUUAUUAUAUACGUGGUGGUUUGAAAAUUAGGUACUCUGAAAAGGGUUUUAAUAGUGAUGAACAAAUUAUUAGUGAAUUUCUUGGAAAUAUUUCAAAACCUCUUCCCUGGACUGCUGAAAAUUUAAUAAUCUUGACAAAUGGAUUUUGUGGAUCUGCAUGUGCACAUAUUACUCAACGAUUAGCUGAGGUCAAUGUUAAAACAGUAGCCGUUGGUGGACUUUCAAAUAAACCUUUAUCUUUUGCAUGUUUUGCUGGUGGAUUUGUUGUUACUUCUGACACUUUUUUUCAAUAUUUGAAAAAUUUAUCCUUACUUAAUAAUGAUUUAAUGCCUAAACAAUUUCCUUUAGCAACUACAAUUUCUUUUACUGUAAAUGAAGCCUAUAGCAUUAAAAAUCCGGAUGAAGUUUUAGAAUUCUCUUUUAGACCUUCUAAUUAUAAACUAUACUAUGAUGAAAAAAGUAUUAGAGAUCCUAGUAAAUUAUGGAUACAGGCUGCAGCUUUGAUUGAGAAUAAACCUUAA